UCAGAGCAAUGUCCAUCAUAUGGUACAGCUUAACUAUAUUUUUGGGGACAAUUGGGAACGGUUUGGUCAUCUGGAUUGCCGGCUUCAAGAUGAAGACAGUCAGUGCCGUGUGGUUCCUAAACUUGGCUUUUACUGACUUUUUCACAUGUAUUUCUCUCCCUUUACGUAUAUCUGAGUGGGCUUUGUAUUGGGACAUUCCUUAUGAUCACUUCCUAUGUAAGGCUGGUAUAACAAUUCUCUUCAUAAACAUGUUGAGCAGUGUCUAUUUCAUGACCGUCAUCAGCAUUGAUCGACUUGUCUCCAUUUUUUGGCCAGUUUGGACCAAAUUACACAGAACGCCCAGGUUAGCCACCAUGAUAGCUGUACUGGUUUGGUUACUGUGUCUACUUAUUAGUAUCCCUCAUCUGGUGUUUAACCAUGGGCUAGAUGAUGUCACUGAGUGUUUUCCUAAAUAUCAGAAUACUAAAGAAGCCAAACUGGCAAAAAAGAAAAAGGCAAUGUUUAUCACAAGAAAUAUUUGUAUGUUUGCAUUCCCAUUUGCCAUCAUUGUAAUAUCAUAUGGCCUGAUUUUAUUUAACAUAAGAGUAAUUAGGAAAUCAAAUCGGUCUCACAGACCUUUCCGAGUUAUCACUGCAGUCAUAGUAUGCUUCUUCAUCUGCUGGUUUCCAUAUAACACAUGGCCAUUAAUAAAUAUAAAAUACCAGCGAAUUGAUAUUAUCCUUACAGAAAUAUUCAUCUGCUUGGCUUACUUCAGCAGCUGCAUCAACCCCUUACUCUAUGUUUUCUUUUCCCGUGAUUUCAAGAAAAACUUUCUAAAGUCCUUUCCAGCCGUGUUGGAAAAGGCUUUUAAUGAACGGUCUGACCUUAAUUGUAUAGACAACACUGGCACCACAUCUCAAACUUUAAAUUUGGAUUCAUCAUCUUUAUAA